GGGACGCUUUAUUAUGUUUUGAUGCAUUUGUCGUCAUCUUAUUAACUGUUGAUUAUUACUCAUUAUCGAUUGAAUAGUGCACAUAUUUAUCGACGGGUUUUAAGUGUUAAAAAUUAUUAUUUGUUUUUGUAGUUUGUUCUUAUUCCGCAGAGACACCUUAGUUCAGUUGUACAAUAUGGCGGAGUGAAUUUUGACUGAAUACUUGACGUAUCCUGCUUGAAUAUGAUGAUGGACUACUUUGUUACUAAUAAUUCUUUAGCCCCGGCCCCAAUGGGGAUACAAAGUACGGCUGGGGCUGUUCCUGUAAAAAAUGAUAAAGGAGAGCUGUCUAUGAAGAAGGUGAAGGUACAUCGUUAUGUAUCUGGAAAGCGACCUGACUAUGCUCCAGCAGCUAGCUCCGAAGAAGAGUCUGAGGAAGAAGAUUUUUUGGAGAAACGUGUCCAUAAGACCUAUGACGAUAGUGAAAAUGUUGGGGACGUACCUGCUCCAAUACAUAGUAGGCUUAGGGAUGAGGAUGAUCCUCGCUUAAGACGAUUAACUAGAUUGGAGAGACAUAGAGAUUCGGAUACAGAAAUCAGAGUUGAACGUCACAGACAUAUUCAUGAGCCUGAAAUUCUUGAAACUGAACCAGAAAGAUCGCGUGAAAGAAUAAAGUUAGAGAGCUCUGAUUCUUCUGAAGAUGAAGACCUUUCGGAUAGUGAAAUCGAAAGACGUCGCGAAGCAUUGAAACAGCGGGUCCUCUCAAAAAAGGACAUUGAAGAAGAACUUGUACAAGGAGAAGAAGAUGAAAAAUCUAGGGAUAGUUCGGAAGAAAGUUCAGAGUAUGAAGAAUAUACUGAUUCGGAAGAGGAGACUGGUCCAAGAUUAAAACCUGUAUUUGUACGGAAAAAAGAUAGAAUUACUGUAAUGGAAAAAGAGAAAGAAGCUAUGAAACAAAAGCAGGUCGAAAUUGAGACAAAAAAAUUAGCAGAUGAACGCAAAAGACAGACAUUGAGGAUGGUAGAAGAAGCAAUUCGUAAAGAGACCCAACUUGGUAAAAGCACUAAUGAACAAGAAGGCAAACUUGGUGAUGUCUGUACAGAUGAUGAGAAUGAUGAGGUGGAGUAUGAAGCUUGGAAAUUACGUGAAUUGAAAAGAAUAAAACGAGAUCGUGAAGAACGAGAACAGCUUGAAAAAGAACGUUUGGAAAUUGAACGUCUUCGCAACAUGACUGAAGAAGAGCGUCGUCAGGAAGCGCGUCUUAACCCGAAACAAAUAACGAAUAAAGCUGCCAAAGGAAAAUACAAGUUUUUGCAGAAAUAUUACCAUCGCGGUGCUUUCUAUUUGGACAAGGAUGACACCAUAUUUAAACGGGACUUCUCUGGUGCUACCCUGGAGGAUCAUUUCGAUAAAACAAUUCUGCCUAAAGUUAUGCAGGUGAAAAACUUUGGUCGCAGCGGUAGAACCAAAUACACGCACUUGGUGGAUCAAGACACUACACAGUUCGAUUCUCCCUGGAUAUCAGAAACUGCCCAAAAUUUGAAAUUCCAUAACAAUCAAGCCGCAGGAAUGAAACAGCACUUCGAUCGUCCCUCGUUAAAGAAACAUAAGAAUGAAAAUUAACUUUCUUGAAUAUGUUUUUAUAUUCAUUAUAUAACGUUGUAAUAGUGCAUACAAUAAUGUCAAUACACAUGUAUAACUAUA